AUGACAAGAAGCGGGCUGACGAGCCUUUCCCUUUACUCCGCCGAGAACCACCUGGACUUUGGAGAGAUGCCAGACUCUCUACCCAUCCCCCAUCCCGCCGAAGAGAUGGUUAUCUCGCGGGUCCACGUUGCAGUCAACGUGUUUACGGUCUGGGGCCAGCAGUACAAAUAUCGCGGCCAUGUUGUUCAUUUCCUUCGCGACGUAGGCAAGAUCUAUGACGAACUUCCAUUGCUGCCCAAGGAUUUGGAUAUCGUGAUUCUGCGUCCGAGCGGUUCUGAAGCCGAUCCCGCGAUGGACCGGCAGUUUCGCAAGCGAUUCCGCAUUCGACGCCGAGUGCUCGAGGGAAGGAGCGGGCUGUGGAUCGAACCGGUUAGGUGCUCUAAGCCGGCAACGUACCGUCAACCUCCUGCUCACUCGCCUGGAGCUGCUCUUUUUGCUCAAGCCGGGAUAAAUUCGCUCAAAGCCCAGCUACCCGAAGAUGAGUCCAUCUUCGAUCAACUUACCAUCCACGAAGUGAGCAGCUGGGACGACCUCGAGCCCGACCAGGGCCCAGUCGACGGUGAUAGGCCGGAGAGCGAGGAUGGACUGGGGUUCGAUGAAGCAGCUGUACCCAACGUGCUGGUCAAGGAUUCGGAAUUUGUCCUGCUGCAGGGCGGACUCGAAAACACCGGCCCAGAGAACCAAGAACGUCCUCCAAUGCAGCAGCAACCGCGCGACGCUCACCACCUUUCUAUGCCUCCCAUCAGAUCCACGCCGAUUAACGAGUUUAACCCGGUCCCGAGGCAAUGCGCCAUCAGGUACUCGGAUUACUUGGCGCAUGCGAUGAAGUGGCAUGAUGGGCGUUUUGCCCGCCAUCAUACCUUCCGUUACAUCACAUUGAACACCCUCAUGCGGCAGCAGGCCUAUGGGCACAGCCGGUUCUACGUCAACAAGCAGCGGUCUACCGUCCUAACCAAGGCGGAGUUACAGCAGGCACUGGAGGAUCCCGACCGUCCUGAAGCUCAGGCGAUCCUCAACCAGAUCUCCCGCUUUGCUGGGGCGAUUCAGGGUACGAGACCCUAUUGGUACCGCCGGCGCAGGGAGUGCGAAUCUUUCGCGCACUGCAUGGGCGUCCCCGGCGUAUUCAUCACGUUGAGCCCAGCCGAUCUGCACUGGCCCGACCUCUACCGGCACAUGCCGGAAUUCGAGCGGUGGCAGUGUCGGUACGAAUGGCAAGGACGAGGCAGCAGUCAUAACCACGGGCUGUACUGGUUUGAAGAGGGCCCGCAGCAGGCUACCAGCACAGAUGAGGAGAGGGCGAGGUUCGCACGGUUGUGGGGUUACCACAUCUCGACGGAAAACCCCCAGCCCCAUCGGAUUGGACAAGGAGGUGAUGGCGGCAACCCACUGAACGUCGACGCCCUGCAGACGGAAAAAGCCGGCCUGAUUGGAAGGCCGGGCAAGACGUGGUGGUCGUUUGAGGCGGUACGGAACGACUCCCCCAUGAACCAGUAUAACCGGCUCAUCACGCUCUGCUGGCUGGCCAACACCGACAUCUCGCCCUGCACCGGGAUCGAGGCGGUGAUCAACUACGCCGCCAAAUACUGCAGCAAGACCGAGACCAAGACCAGCACGUACGCCGAGAUCGCCGGGGCCAUGUUGCCACACGGAUUACGGGAGGCAGAAUUCUCGGAAGCGGAUGAGGCUGUCCAGACGGAGAAGAUGUCGUACGAGAAAUACUUGGAACGGCUUAGUGACAUGGAGGCGGUGUCGUAUUUCAGGUUCUUGGAGACGUGGAACUUCCAAUCGCCAAAUCCGGGCAACUGGAGGGAAUGGCGCCCACCCGCUCGGCCCAGGGUGUUGUAUUACUUCCCGCGGUACACGCCGGUCCAUGGGCACGUACAGUUCGAGGACUUCUGCCGGGUCAAGCUUAUGCUGGCACAUCCUCAUCGGGAAUGCGGCGGCUUUCUAACCCUCGACGGUACCCGUUUCUCAGGCUACGUGGCGGCAUAUGAGCACUGCUUGGAGCACCAUGAACAUGAGGAUGACCACUACGGAGAGGCGGAAGCGCCAGAACCCGCGGCUGACGAGGACGAGUUCCGGGCUGUACCCUUCCAGGAAGAUAUCAGUCUCGAAGACUGGCAGGAGCUCGCACGCAUGGUGCCUGAGCUCCUGUUACAAGGGGUGGAAUUCCAGGGCUUGAACAAUCAGCUGCCGGGGGAACCGGCAAAACCAAAUCUCCAGCCAGAACACGAGGAGAUCGACCUACUGACUGGGCGAGAUAUCGACAUCAGGUACGACUGGCAUCCCCACAUCGGCCGGUAUAUCGAUGAACGGUUCGACAGCGGCAAAUACUGGGAUCUUCUCAAAGUCAAGCACCCCAGUAUGGCGGGAGAUGUCGAACACAUUCCUCUGAAGGCCCGGGAUACCCUCAACCGGGAACAGAGGAUCGUGUACGACACUAUUAUGGGCCACCUAGAACGGGAUAGCGUACCGCCCAUCCUGUUGCAUGUUGACGGCGGCGGAGGCACCGGGAAGUCGUACAUGGUCAACAUGCUGUCGUCUCACCUCCAGCAAACUCUCCCCGGCCGAAAAUCGCCCAUUCUCCGUGCCGCACCCACCGGGGUCGCGAGCAACCAGAUCAAUGGCCAGACGCUGCACUCCCUCCCCCGCUUGCCUAUCGAUGGCAACUACCGCCCGUUGACCGAAAUACCCACUGUUUUGGGGAACCUACAGCGUGUUUUUGCGGGUGUACGUUACCUCGUCAUCGACGAAAAGAGCAUGCUGGGGCUCAAGACUCUGGGUUGGAUCGAUCGGCGGCUCCGCGAGAUCUUUCCGGAGAAGAAUAACUUCUCUUUCGGCGGAUUGAGCGUCAUUCUGAUCGGAGACUUCUUCCAGCUGCCGCCGGUGCUGAACAAGCCGAUCUAUGCCGAGUACGACAGGUCGAUGAAGGAGAUGGAGUGUGACGAACCUACUUCAGGACCCUGUCCUGUUAGGGUUCAGCUUCGGUUGAAGGUAAUCUCUCAAGGGUGCUUAGGUUCGGUGCAGCCAAGAGGUGCACAACAAAGGCUUGUCUCAACAGUAGGCUUCCGAGCUUGUAGCGAACUGUAG